AUGGAAGAACCUACACCCUUGCGCUGGUCAAGCGCAUUGCCAGUCGUGAACCCCUCUACAAUAGCGACCAAGAACCUCCGAGGCGAUAAGAUCCUUCUCCCUCAAUCAGCUCUCGAACAACUCCUCGCCGCCGCACGAUCUCGACCUUCGACAACUACCACGCGAUCAGACCCAUGGUCCUACACAUCAACCGACGCCGAUAGCGCACAACAACUACCGAACCCGUUGAUAUUCCGACUCGUGAACCCAAAGAACAAAAAUGCUGUGUUUGCGGGUAUUAGGGAGUUUUCCGCGACCGAGGGAACAAUGGGCUUGAGUCCAUGGUUAACUGAAGCUUUGGGUAUACAAGAAGAUGAAUAUACGUCCUCAAAAGAAGUUAUAGACUUGGAGCAGGACCAGAUCGAACUCGACGGUAUUCAAAUCAAGGUCGAGGCGCGACAAUUACCCAAGGGUACAUACGUGCGAUUCAGACCCUUGGAAGCAGGCUACAAUCCCGACGACUGGAAAGCGCUACUUGAACGACAACUACGAGAAAACUUUACGACACUUAGCAAAGGGUCAAUGAUAGCAGUCAAGGGCGCCCACGGGCAGGAGUUCAAGCUUCUCGUGGACAAAGUUGCGCCUGAAGGAGACGGCAUUUGCGUGGUGGAUACAGACCUCGAAGUCGAUAUCGAAGCUUUGGACGAGGAGCAAGCGCGAGAAACACUACGACGAAUAAUAUCUGAACAGAAAGGAUCGACAGGUAGUUCGACAGGCGGCGAGAUUGAUGUCUGGAAGGCCGUUGAUGGACAAGUUCUUGAGGGCGGAUACGUUCAUUACACGCUUCCUUCAUGGAACAAAUCACAACCUCUGGCCAUCGAAUUGAAUACCGGCGAAGACGACCACGCGAUUGAUUUGUUCGUUUCGCCAAAGAGUGCUCGACAAAGGGCUCUGCCACGGGAGGAUGUUCAUGUCUUUGGUGACUUUUCACCUACCAUUAACGGCGUCAAGAGGAUUGUGAUAAGUCCUACCAAUGUCGAGCUCGAGGGCGUAGAACAGAUUGCGAUAUCGGUACAUGCGUAUAAACAUCCAGAUGCUAUGGAUGGGCCUGAAAAGACGUCGCAGUAUACGUUGCGAGCGAAAGUGUAUCUACCAGACGAACACGACGGGCCGAACGGAGCAUCAAACGGGACCAACGGUCAAGAACACUCACCUGAUGAUGAGCAGUGUAGCAAUUGUCUGCAAUUUAUACCCAAACGAACAAUGAUGCUACACGAGAACUUCUGUCGAAGGAACAAUAUUGUAUGCCCUGGUUGUAAAAGCGUCUUCAAAAAGGGUUCUCUAGAAUGGGAGGCGCAUUGGCAUUGUGAAAAGGACGACGCGUUUGGUAACUCGACAACAAGCAAAGAGAAGCACGACUAUGUCUUUCACACAGAACGGCAAUGCCUCAAUUGCGAAUUUACGACAAACUCGUUACCUGACUUGGCGAGACACUGCACAAGCGUGUGUCCCGGCAAAAUAAUCCUUUGUCGUUUCUGCCAUCUCGAAGUCCCUCAAGAAGGAGACCCUUUCAACCCCAGUCCAGAAGUCCUCAUGUCUGGCUUAACAGCCCAUGAACUAGCAGACGGCACACGCACAACAGAAUGUCACCUAUGCGAUAAAAUCGUUCGUCUAAAAGACAUGGAGACACAUCUCAAACAUCACGAACUCGACAAAGUAUCCCGUCUCACACCACCAAUAUGUCGCAACGCAAACUGCGGUAGAACAAUGUUUGGCGUCGGAUCAAGAGGUCAAGUCCGUCAAUCCCCAUCCGAAGAUCAAGCCUCCAACGACAUUGGUCUUUGUUCAAUUUGUUUCGGACCAUUAUACGUCAGUAUGCACGAUCCCGAAGGCAAAGCCCUCAAACGCCGCAUCGAAAGACGUUAUCUAGGUCAACUCAUGACUGGUUGUGGAAAGGCACACUGCGCGAAUGAGUGGUGUAAGACAGGGCGCGUGAAUGCAGGUCUUGAACCCAAACCUUCGAGUGCGAGGGAGGUGUUGCCGUUGGUGAAGCCGUUGCUGGGUGAUGUUAUGGAUAUGAGCAAGGUGUUGUAUUUUUGCACGGAUGAGGGGAGUCAGAGGGGGAGGAAGUUGGCCGAGAUGAUGGCUAGUGAGGGAGUUUGGGAUGUUGAGUGGUGCAUUGCUGCUGCGGAGACUGAGAAGGGGAGUUUGGAUAGGAUGAGGGACUGGUUGCAGGCUUGGGCGCCGACGAAGUAG